AUGAUGCAGACAGGAUGUCCAACGCCCCUAGUCGUCAGCGGUGGAGAUACUCUUCUCCCGCAUACCCCAGGAACAACCUUUAUCCCACAUAUUCCGGGCUCAUUUAUCUUUGGCUUCCUGCCUCCCAGUACCCCUUCAGUGGACGACUCCCAACCCUCUCCAUCGCAAUCUCCCAGUUCUGUGCUUGGUGGAACGAUGACGCAAAGGGGUGGCCCGACUUCGCUGCCUCCACCGCCCUCCCACAAUGAGGAGCACCCGUCUCCCGCUGCGAUGUCUUCGUCGUCGCCAUAUCAGCAUCAACAGGACACCUCUGUUAAUGCGUUCUUGUCGACGACUCCCGACCUCGUGAGUCUGUUUUAUUGGUUAAUAUCAGAUGCGUGGGUAAUAUGUCCUUCUACAACCACUGUCGACACUGGCGCAGCAGCAACAGGGGUCCUACCUGCCACCAAUACCGCUGCCGCCGCCAUCCCCAACUUAGCAACCCUUGGGCUGCACAGGGGUCAACUCGUCCCUCACGGCCUCGCCCCAGCAUCCGAGGCUCCACCAACGCCAAUGCCACAACACUACAUCGUGGGACUAGGUGAAGGAGUUCACGGCUUGUCCCUCCCGAGUGCUGCCAGUUUGCAGCAGCCACCGCUAUCCCCGCUGACCCCACACACACACCUCGGUCCAGUCGCCGACGGUGUCCACCUCGUCGCCUGUGGUGGCUUCAAAGGCCAGCGCAACAGUUCGAGCGUCGCUUCGCUCACCCUCUGUCCUUCCGGCCUCUUUGUCAACUGUUGGACAUCAUCAUUAACAUCAUCACCAUCAUCAACGUACCAUGGCCAUACACCUCUGAUCUGCCUCCAAUGA